AUGGCUUUUGGUGAGCUUACCGGUUUUUUGAACAAAGGCUUUGGUUCGGGGUUUGAAUCAGGUUUAUGGCCUUUGCUUGAAAGAAAAGGAAUAUGGAGGCCAGGAAUCAUUAAAUAUCAAUUCAAUAAUAAUGAUGUUGAAGAUAUCCUCAAACUUCCUCUUCACAAUUUGGAAGAGGAGGAUACUAGUUGCUGGAAAGCUGCCAAAGAUGACAACUAUAGUGUUAAAACGGGCUAUCACAAUAUCAUAAAAUGGGAAGCAAAACCUAAUAUAGUAAGAAGAAGCAAUAAUAAUGAUAGAACAAUGUGGGAGAAGAUAUGGAGAAGUAAAGUUACUCCUAGACAACAGAUUCUGGUGUGGAAAGUCGUUCAAAAUAUCAUCCCUAGCAAGGAUAACCUUAUCAAGAGAGGAAUCUCUUGUGACCCAUUCUGCCCUAGAUGCCCCACGGUUAUGGAGGACACUAACCAUUGUUUCAAAAAUUCUGAUUGGGUUAAGCAUAUUUGGUAUGGAUCCCCCCUAAACCUAAAAUUCUCCAACACAAACGAGGAAUAUUCAGAAUGGAUUACUGGUAACUUGGGAAAUUUUAGCCCUAACAAUCUUGCCACUCUCAUUAAGAUAGUGGGUGGAAUAUGGAUUUCCAUAAAUAAACUGAUUUUUGAAGGACAAAACAUACCUGUGAUCGAAACCAUUAAACAAGCUCUCAACACUCCCAUCAAUUCCAUCAAGCCACCACCCAAGACCUCUAGAAAAUAG